AUGGAAUUGAAUCCAGCAUUCGUUCCUAUACUGAACAACAUGAUGGCAAACAUACAGAACAAGCCAAUUACGAUACCUCAAAACUUAAAUAUUCACGAAAUCCAAAAUUUAAUUCAACAAUUACCAAAAGUACCACAACCCAUAGAGAAAAAGGCAACCACACACAACAAAUUUACUCCUGAUGACGAUGAAAAGCUCAAGAAACUAGUUGUUCAACUCGGAAUCGGACAAUGGCGCCAAAUCGCCUCAAUUAUGGGCGAUAGGACAGCAAGACAAUGCCGCGACCGAUGGAAAAACUAUCUCAUGCCUGGAGUUAACACUGCUCCAUGGACGGAAUACGAAGAUAAACUACUUGAACAAAAAGUAAACGAGUUAGGAAGAAAAUGGUCUGUAAUUGCCAAAUUCUUCCCCGGAAGGACAGAUAUUAACAUCAAGAAUCGUUACGCAUCACAUACAACGAAGAAAUUCAAAGAUGAUGAAAUCAUUAAACCAACAGUUGAGCAACUUGCUCAGCAACAAGCGCAAUAA